GUAACUGAACUGAAGACCCAGCUUGGGUAAUCAGCCCAGGUUUUGGAGGAAGCUGCUGCAAAACUACAAGUCCCAGCAUGCCUUUCACAAGCACACUACACAUCAUCUAUAGAGUUCACACAUGCUCAGUGUGGUAGCUGGAGCCUGUUUUCCAUAGGUUCCUGACUAGGUUAAAUAAGGUGGAGCAAAUAGCCCCACCCGAAAAGCAGGCUUCAGGAUUUGAAGUUUGAGCCAAUCCCUGAGGUAGAGCCGGAAUUUACCUUUGUACUUCACACGGUCAGGGUUGGUGGUGACUACGUGGGUCUGGAGCUGACUGCCGUCCUGACACGUCCUACAGCUGCAAGCAGGUCCUGCCAGAGAACCACCAUGACCUCUCAGCCUCUCAGGCUAGCAGAAGAGUAUGGCCCAAGUCCUGGGGAGUCUGAACUGGCUGUGAACCCCUUUGAUGGGCUUCCCUUCUCUUCCCGCUACUAUGAGCUGCUGAAGCAGCGCCAAGGCUUGCCCAUCUGGGCUGCUCGCUUUACCUUCUUGGAGCAGUUGGAGAGUAACCCCACUGGAGUGGUGCUGGUGUCUGGGGAGCCUGGUUCUGGCAAGAGCACCCAGAUCCCUCAGUGGUGUGCAGAGUUUGCGCUGGCCAGAGGGUUCCAGAAAGGACAGGUUACUGUCACUCAGCCCUACCCUCUUGCAGCCCGGAGCCUGGCUCUGCGGGUUGCUGAUGAGAUGGACCUGAGCCUGGGUCAUGAGGUUGGAUACAGCAUCCCCCAGGAGGACUGCACGGGGCCCAACACCCUGCUCAGAUUCUGCUGGGACAGGCUGCUUCUGCAGGAGGUGGCCUCGACUCGGGGCACUGGAGCCUGGGGCGUGCUGGUACUAGAUGAGGCUCAGGAGCGGUCGGUGGCAUCGGAUUCACUCCAGGGGCUACUACAAGAUGCCAGGCUGGAAAACCUUCUGGGGGACCUCAGAGUGGUUGUAGUUACUGACCCAGCCCUUGAACCUAAGCUCCGAGCUUUCUGGGGCAAUCCUCCUAUUGUGCAUAUACCCAGAGAGCCUGGUGAGAGACCUUCCCCCAUCUACUGGGACACCAUCCCACCUGAUCGGGUGGAAGUUGCCUGCCAAGCAGUGCUUGAGUUGUGUCGGAAGGAGGCUCCAGGAGAUGUGCUAGUGUUCCUGCCCAGUGAGGAGGAAAUUUCCCUGUGCUGUGAAUCCUUGUCCAGGGAGGUAGAGUCCUUGCCUCUCCAAGGGCUUCCACCACGAGUAAUGCCCCUUCACCCAGACUGUGGACAAGCCGUUCAGGCUGUGUAUGAGGACAUAGAUGCCCGAAAGGUUGUGGUCACUCACUGGCUGGCUGACUUCUCCUUCUCCCUCCCUUCCAUCCAACAUGUCAUCGACUCAGGACUGGAGCUCCGAAGUGUUUACAAUCCUAGGAUCCGAGCAGAAUUCCAGGUGUUGAGGCCAAUCAGCAAGUGUCAGGCAGAGGCAAGACGACUGCGAGCAAGAGGGUUCCCACCAGGAUCCUGCCUCUGCCUGUAUCCUAAGUCCUUCUUAGAACUAGAAGCUCCACCAUUGCCCCAACCCAGGGUGUGUGAGGAGAAUCUGAGCUCCCUGGUGUUACUACUAAAAAGGAGACAGAUUGCAGAGCCAGGGGAGUGUCACUUCCUGGACCAGCCUGCUCCAGAAGCAUUGAUGCAAGCCUUGGAAGAUUUAGACUAUCUGGCAGCCCUGGAUAAUGAUGGGGACCUGUCAGAUCUGGGUGUCUUACUAUCAGAAUUCCCUCUGGCCCCUGAGCUGGCCAAAGCCCUGCUGGCCUCAUGCGAGUUUGACUGUGUGGACGAGAUGCUCACCCUGGCUGCCAUGCUCACAGCUGCCCCUGGGUUUACCCGUCCUCCACUCAGUGCAGAAGAAGCUGCCCUGCGUCGGGCCCUGGAACACACGGAUGGUGACCACAGUUCUCUGAUCCAGGUGUAUGAAGCCUUUAUACAAAGUGGAGCAGAUGAGGCUUGGUGCCAGGCUCGAGGUCUGAAUUGGGCAGCAUUGUGCCAAGCCCAUAAACUUCGGGGAGAACUCCUAGAACUCAUGCAACGAAUUGAACUUCCCUUGUCCCUACCAGCAUUUGGCUCUGAGCAGAAUCGCAGAGACCUUCAGAAAGCACUGGUGUCAGGAUACUUUCUCAAGGUGGCCAGAGACACAGAUGGGACUGGAAAUUACCUACUCCUAACCCAUAAGCAUGUGGCCCAGCUCUCCUCAUACUGCUGCUACCGAAGCCGCAGAGCUCCUGCCAGACCCCCACCAUGGGUGCUGUACCACAAUUUCACAAUAUCCAAAGACAACUGCCUUUCCAUUGUUUCUGAGAUUCAACCACAGAUGCUGGUGGAAUUGGCCCCUCCAUACUUCCUGAGUAACUUGCCUCCCAGUGAGAGCAGAGACCUUCUGAACCAGCUAAGGGAAGGAAUGGCAGAUUCUACAGCAGGGAGCAAAUCAUCCUCAGCCCAGGAGUUCAGAGAUCCCUGUGUCCUGCAGUGACCUGCCUGCCUAUGGAAUGGAGCUGGGUUCAUCUCAUCACAUUAGAUUCUCCCUCAGGGUGACACCAAAGCACCCAGACAGAUUUAGAAGCCCAAAGUUUAGGGUCAAAUGUAAACUCUGGAACCUGAGUCCCAAGAAAUGAUAGGCUGGGAAUGGAGAGAAUGGGAUAAACCACAGUCUACAUAGGGAAGGACUCUUUCCUUACCCUUCUCUUACUGAUUGGAGAGGGACUGAUAUGCUCCCCAUUCUCUCAACUUUGCCAAACCCAUUCUUGUACUCCCUUGUGAUCUAUAAAAGUUUUUUUAUGAUGCCAAUUUUUAAUUUGGUCCUGCAGUGCCAUAUACAACAUCCAUAAAUCAGUGAU